AUGGGACUGUUCAAUGUCAGUCAUCCUGCUUCCUUCCUCCUGACUGGCAUCCCUGGUCUGGAGAGCUCUCACUCCUGGCUAGCAGGGCCCCUCUGUGUGAUGUAUGCCGUGGCCCUCGGAGGCAACACUGUGAUCCUACAGGUCGUGCGAGUGGAGCCCAGCCUCCACGAGCCCAUGUACUACUUCCUGUCCAUGCUGUCCUUCAGUGACCUGGCCAUGUCCAUGGCCACACUGCCCACCGUGCUCAGAACCUUCUGCCUCAAUGCCCGCAGCAUUGCUUUUGAUGCCUGUCUGAUCCAGAUGUUUCUCAUUCAUUCCUUCUCCAUGAUGGAGUCAGGGAUUCUGCUGGCCAUGAGCUUUGACCGCUAUGUGGCCAUUUGUGAUCCUCUGCACUAUGCCACUGUGCUCACCAAUGGAGUCAUUGCUGGAAUCGGCAUAGCUGUGACUGCCCGGAGCUUCAUCACCCUCUUUCCCCUUCCCUUCCUCUUCAAGAGGCUGCCUGUCUGCAGAUCCAAUGUUCUUUCUCACUCCUAUUGCCUGCACCCAGACAUGAUGAAGCUAGCCUGUGCUGAUAUCACUAUCAACAGCAUCUAUGGACUCUUUGUUCUUGUAUCUACCUUUGGCAUGGACAUGUUUUUUAUCUUCCUCUCCUAUGUGCUCAUUCUGCGUUCAGUCAUGGCCAUCGCUUCCCGCAAGGAACGCCUGAAAGCUCUCAACACAUGUGUGUCACAUAUCUUGGCUGUACUUGCAUUUUAUGUACCGAUGAUUGGGGUUUCUGUAGUGCACCGCUUUGGGAAGCAUGCCCCACGCUACAUACAUGUCCUCAUGUCUAAUGUUUACCUCUUUGUACCUCCUGUGCUCAACCCUCUGAUUUAUAGUGCCAAGACAAAGGAGAUCCGCCGAGCCAUUGUCCGUAUGUUUCGCCCCAUCAGAAUGUGA